CUAUAUCAGUGGUUCUCGACCAGGGCCCACUAGGGGGCUUCUGCAAACUUCUGCAAACCAAAACAACUAAAAAUCAAGCUAGAGCAAACACCUAAAACUCCUCUGUGUUUUGACGGGUCACAAGACUUGACCAGAGGAAAUGAGCUGGGAACGCAAGCCUGUGAAGAUCCUAUCAGAGGGUGGGAAAAAGCUAGAGCCAUUUAGCAUCCCACCACUUCAAAGAGGACAGCGUUACUACUGAUCCACACACGCACUGAUGGCCAUCAUGCUGAAACCCUGGACCGUCAUCGCUACUGUCCUCUUCUGCGUGCUCCUGUGUCUCGGGACCUUUGUGGACGCCUAUCCGCCCAAACCAGAGAAUCCCGGAGAUGACGCUCCUCCGGAGGAACUCGCCAAAUAUUACACCGCGCUGAGACACUACAUCAACCUCAUCACGAGACAACGGUAUGGAAAAAGGUCCACCUCGGAGGAUGUGAUGGCUGAGUUGCUGUUCGGAGAUGACACAGAGCACAAACAGAGAUCAAGAUAUGAUGACUCUUAUAUGUGGUGAAGUUCAGUGACCCCCGUGCUGCCUGUCCUGAGCUAAGCCCACCUGUGCCUCCCACAGAAAACCUCCAGACAACUAAAUGAGAACCCGUCACCAUCAACCUCAUCCACCUCUUUAUUAAAUACAUCCUCUCUUUUCUUUCAUGUGCACAGAACAAAUCUCA